AUGAUAUAUGAACGGUUUAUUGGCUUCUUAAAUGUAUCUGAAAAACAAGAUGCCGAGACCCUAGUAAAUGCAAUUCUCAACUUUUUAAAAUUAUGUAAGUUAGACCAAGUUCCUAUUGUCGGGCAGUCCUAUGAUGGAGCCAAUGUUAUGUCAGGCAGACAAGGUGGCGUUCAAACUAAAAUGAAAAUACACUAUCCAUAUGCAACUUACAUUCAUUGUAUGGCUCAUAAACUAAAUUUGAUUGUAGUUGAUAUGUGUAAGAAUGUUAAAUAUUCAAAGCAGGUUUUUAAUAUGUUGGAGGCUAUAUAUGUGCAUUUCUCAAUGCCAUCUAAGAACAAAAAGUUGCAGGAUAUGCAAAAACUUCUAAAUAUAAAAAUAUGUACUUUUUCACAAAUCAGUGAUACUAGUAUAACAUAUAUCAUAUUUUCAUUAUUAAUAGUAUCUAAACGGAAAAGAACAGAGCCUGAAUUUCUGAAAAAUUUUGUUGUAACUACAACAACUGCAGCUGAACACGAGGACUCUGAUAAUGAAACUUAUUUAAUUGAUUACUGGAAAGUACAUGCUUACUAUCCAAUAAUAGACGAGGUUGUAAAUAAUCUGAAGACAAGAUUUUCUGCGGAGAGUUUGAAGUUGGCAAUUUCUAUUGAUCACUUCUUCAAUCUGGACUAUGAAAAAAGUUCAUUUUUUAUUCAACAAUAUAAGGAUUUACUGAAAGUUGAUUUGAAUUCACUUCAAGCUGAAAUGAUGGUUGCCAAAAACUGUAUUCAAAACUAUAAUAAUAAACCUGAACAAAAAAAUCAAAUAAAUUUAUUCAAAAAAAAUAUAACAAUUUCAACUUUUCCUAAUGUAUAUAAACUUUUAAAUUUAGCUCUGACCUUACCAAUUUCUUCAGCAUCAUGUGAGAGGUCAUUUUCGACAAUGAGACGUAUCAAUACAUAUAUACGGUCAACUAUGACUCAAGACCGUUUUUCCUCACUGGCAAUACUAAAUAUUGAAAGAGAUAUUUCAAAUAAUAUUGAUCCUAAUGAUAUAUUAAAUAUCUAUUCAAAAACUAAUAUACGCUUGGAAUUAUAG